AUGAUUCGCAUCGCAGUUGCCGGAGGAUACGGUCUCGGGUUUCUCAUCGCAACGGGCCUGUCGCAAGCCGAGCAUGCCUACAACAUCAUUGUGCUGUCCGGGACGGAUAGGAGCGAAUUCGUCCCGUAUGGUAUUCAGGUUCACGUGGUCGACUACUACGACAAGGAGAAGCUUGACUUUGCGCUCCGCGGCAUCGACCUCGUCAUCUCGACCAUAUCCGGGCAGGAGCAGCUGAACCUCAUCAACGCGGCGGGCCACGGACGGGUGCGCUACUUUGUGCCGUCCGAGUUUGAGGGCAGCCUGACGCGGCGGCCGCCGGCGCGGUCGGACCCGCUGGACCGGGGCAGCGCGGCGGCGCUGACCCUGCUCCGGCAGUGGUCCGACGGCCCGGCACGGAUGAAGUGGACGGCCUUUUCCUGCGGCAUCUUCAUGGAGCGCUUCCACCCCUUUGGCCUCUUGGGCAGCUUCAGCAUCGGCACCGGCGAGGGCGUCGGCACCGUCGGCAGCUACGUCGCCGACAUCAACGCCUGCAUCGCAGACUACACGGCAAAGGACGCCAGGGGCGGCUCCGUCAAGAUCUGCCUGACGAGCGUCGUCGACCUCGUCAACUUCAUCGUUGCCGCCAUCGAGAUCGGCCCCUCGACCUGGCCGGCUGAAUAUACAAUGCGGGGCGACAAGAAGAGCCUGGCAGACGUCGUCGCCGCCAUGUCGGCUGCUCGAAAUAUUCCUUUCGAGUCCAACAUCCUCAGCUACGAAGACUUGCUGAGGCACAUCGCCUACAACACGGAAAUGGGCCAGUACGACCGCGUCGCCUAUCUGCAACGGAACCUUCAGACCGUCAACGGCCGCUAUGAAUUCUCGCGCGCGACGCUCAACGAUGCCAUCAAUAGCAGUAGACGCGUCAACGUCCAGCCGAUGAAUUUCGAGCAGUGGCUGGAGACGGUGUCUCCUUGUUUCAAUAUGUCCGCUCUCUCAAACCAAGGGAUAUUUCAAUGA